AUGUGGCGCUUUGACAGCCGCACGGCUGCCCCCCAACCCCAACCCCAACCCCAAACAUACCCUCCCCCGGGAACUGGAUCUCCUCCCCUGGACUACUGUGCUCGUCGGUAUGCCGGGCUGCCCACUAGUCCCGUCCCAGAUCUGGGGCCCCAGACCGUCGCCGCCGUCUGGACACUGGUUGUCCUGUCGACAGUCUUCCUCGCCGUCCGCGUCUACUGCAAGGUCUGGAGGCUGAAGGGGCUGUGGUGGGACGAUUGGGUUCUCAUUCUGAGCUGGGUCUGUGAAAUCGGCAACGCGUCUAUUGUCCAGACAGUUGUCAACCUGGGGUUCGGCAAAUACCCCUGCGACAUCGAUAUCGCCAAUCUACCAAGCAUCGGGCUCAUCGGGCCCCAGUUCGGGGGUACCGUAAACCUGAUAGCUAUCACCCUGUCAAAGACGGCCUUCGCCAUCACGCUGCUGCGGCUGACCGAAGGGGGCUUGAACAGGUUCAUAUGGUUCCUGCUCGUGUCCAUGAACCUCAUCACCGCGGCCAACAUAUUCAUCCUCUGGUUCAAGUGCGCACCAAUCGCCAAGUCGUGGAGCCCCUUCAUGGAGGGCACGUGCAUCAGCUCAGACGCGACCAACGGGUUUGGCGUAUUCUGGGGCGUCUACUCGGGCGUCUGCGACAUCGUCCUGGCCUUUGUCCCCUGGCGCCUCGUGUGGAACCUGCAGAUGCACACCAGGGAGAAGCUGGGUGUGGCUAUCGCUAUGAGCAUAGGCGUAUUCGCUGGCGCAACGGCAUUCGUCAAGUCGGCAACCAUCUUGACACUUGGCAAGGAGAGCUUCACCUACGAUGGCACUGGGCUGCUCACGUGGUCGGCGGCUGAGAUUGGCACGACCAUCAUGGCGUGCUGCAUCCCCGUCAUGCGGGUGCUGUUCCGCGAGAUCAACGAGAAGCGCAACAGACGGCACCAGCACAGCACGCGGAGCUACUCGCCCACCUCGAAGCAGCGGAGGAUGGCGGCGGCCAGCGGCGACCAGAGCACCGCAGUCGCUUCGUCGACGACGAGCCCGAGCCUCGGCAAAGCGUUGUGGGGGAUGUGGGCCAAUAGCCGCGACGAGAAGCUGGCAGCGGCUGCGCAGAACAACAACAGCAACAGCACGUCGCCGCCACCAUCAACUUCCGACGUGAAGUCCGCCGCCUCCCCAAACAAGGACAAGAUCCGUCUCUUCCCCGCCGUCGCCGUGUCACACCGCGAGAGAGCCGGGGCGAGCAUAAACAACAACCCGUUCGAGCCGAGGGCUGCGAGCCGCGGCGCCGGCGGCAUCAUGCACACGCAGGAGUUCACGAUCGAGUAUCACCACCACCACCACGUGGACCACGCCGCGGACGCGGACGCGGACGCGGGCCACUGCCCUUCAGACCAGCAGAGCAGCGGGCCGUCAUCCAUGUACGAGAUGUCGGCGAUGGAGAGGCGCGGCGAGGUGUGA